AUGGCCCAGCUUGUGUCUUCGCUGUGGCUGUUCUGUCAGGUCAAUGCAUUUGCCUGGCUGGUUCUCUGCUACCUGGUCUUCAUUGUGUUGGGAGGUAUGGCGUUCACGGCUUGGGAAUAGCUGGUGGAGAAGGACCUGAGGGCUGGUGUGGAGGACAGACUGAGUGAACUGCUGGGGAAAGCCCUCUCUGCUCAUCGCAGUGAUGUACAUGUUCUGAAGGCUGAUACUGAUGUGAGCUGCUGUCAUUUCACAUCAUCACUCUUGUUCUGUCAUUUUCACGCUGACCACCAUGGAAAAUGUUCUCCUCUCUCCCCAGGUUACCUGCUGGUGGGGCUGGUGGUGAUUGUUACCUUAAAGGAUACUGUACUGCAGAUUCCCCAGGUCUGUGCGGUGAUGAGGCUUUUUUCUGCUUCUCAGUAUGCAGAGCAGGAAGGUGUCAGUUUUAAUGAAUUGAAUGAAGAGGAGCCUCAGUAAUCCCAGUCCAUCUGUACCAUCUCCUCCACUCCAUUAGAGCUGUUGAGCCCUCGCUCAUGCACAUCUAUUGACACAGACCUUCACAGAGCCAGAAUCUCAGAAAACUAUUGACUUACACAGCUGUUUACAACACAUCAGUGUCUGAUUUACAACGUCGAAGUAUUUAAAUAUUCAGGUGUACAUGCAGUACACUCCAGUCCAGUUUUAUCAAGUUCUAGGUCAAACAUCUGCCACCAGCCAUUUGAAUUCAAAUCACGUGUUCUGAAUUUGUCUGUGCACUGAUGUGAAGCUUAACUUUAAAACUGAAUUGUUACAUUACUACUACAUUAGCACAAACUGUAGGUCAUGAGUGCAAUCCUGCGUAUGAUUUAGGUAAUCAGGCUGGGGAAUUCUUGACCAGCACAAUGUACUCUAACAUACAGUUUUACAAUGUUCACUUAAAGCAAUACACGAGUAAACAGUUUAAUAACACACACAAUCAGUCCUUUACCAAAUUCUGAAAUUUUGAGGAGGCACAGUCUGCUAUUCUGUCUUCUUUACAAUAAACUGCCUGAGUGAAGAUACUUUCAGCACGUAACAGUCAGUCUUUUAGGUUUUCAGAAUGUGACCUUUUUUGAUCUCAUUCUGGGUACAUUUUAACAAAAACAAAACAGCUUUGUUUAAAUUGCUUACUUACACUCAGGUAAUUGUUGGUUUUCAAGCUUUAAUUCAUAAACAGUGUCUAUUAAAAAAUGAUUCACCCCAUUGGAUGUUUUCCUGUUUUAUUGCUUUUAGACUUUGGGUUUUUGACAAAAACUUAUCGAAAAAAUUCCUCUUUAAUGUCAAGGUGAAAACAGAUUUCUACAGAGUAACGUCAGUCAGUUCCAAAUAUAUGAUAUAAAACGCAUGAUUGCAUAAAUAUAUAAAACAUCCAAGGGUGAAUGCUCUUUAUAGGCACCGUAUGUUUUUCAUUUCAACGCUGCUCUACAAGAUUCUUGAACAGUUUUUAUUCUAUUCAUCAUCAUGCUAAACUCCAAACUGAAAGUACACCCCACUAAUGUGUGAUAACUUACAAUUUAUGAAUAAUAUCUAUGUGCAAUAUUUAACAAUUUGGUUUUUAAUCUUUUUAACUGCAUAGGUUGGCAAUA